CAAAACCGCAUUCAUUCAAACCCACUGGAUCAUAACACACAUCAGACACCCGGAAGGUUGAAACGCGCGUCCAGCAGAGCAGAAUGAAUCGCUUCAAGACUUCCAAAUUCAAGAAUACCACUCCGAAAAUCCCCAAGAAAGAUGGUUGGAUUGCUAAUGUACGAGGAGGUUCCUUCUCUUCUCAGGGCAACCACAUCAAAUCCAGCUGCAGUCUUGUGGCCUUCAACACAGAUCAAGCUGGAGGUGGAAUGAUCGGUCUGUCUUCGGUGAAUCCUGGAUCUGAUGGGAAAUGGAUUGUGACCCAGAUUCCAUGUCACGCUGACCUGGUGACUGAUCUGGACUUCUCGCCAUUCGAUGACUACCUCCUGGCAACCUGCUCAGCAGAUGAGACAGUGAAACUGUGGCGUGUGUGUGAUCCGGAUCAGGAUCAGCCGAGCAGUCCUGAGGUGACUCUGAGUCCGGGAGACGGACGAUUGGAAAUCGUUCUCUUCCACCCUACGACCUCAGGCCUGAUCGCUGUGGCGUCCACAAGAGGAGUUCAGGUGUGGGACACCACGAGAGACUCCGCUCUGAGAGUACUGGAGCAGCACGCCGAUCAGCUGCAGGGUUUGGCCUGGAAGGAAGAUGGUUCUCUGUUGGCUUCAUCCUGCAAGGACAAAAAGCUGCGUAUCUUUGACCCGCGAGCCCAGCCGUCAGCUGUUCAGUGCGCACAGGGCCUACAAGGUAAUAAAGACUCGCGUAUUCUCUGGAUCAAAGAUGACAACUUAAUCACCACUGGCUUUAAUCAGGUACGUCAACAGGAAGUGAGGCUCUGGGACAGAAGGAAGUUGAGCUCGUCUCUCAGCUCAUUGUCUUUGGCCACCUCCAAUGCGACACUAAUGCCUCUGUUUGAUCCAGACUCUGGACUAUUUAUAGUGUCUGGAAAUGGUGAGAGUGUGAUCGACUGUUUUGAGGUGACUGCCAGUGAGCCCUUCCUGUCGCAAGUGAGUCACUGUUUGACGGAUGCAUCGACCCGCGGCGUGGCUCUGGUGCCCAAACUCGCUCUGGACGUCAGAGUCUGUGAAAUUUUGCGUGUGAUGCAGUUCACGGACAACUUCAUAGUGCCCAUCAGCUACCAGGUGCCUCGCAAGGCAGGACAGGACUUCCAUGCAGACUUGUUUCCAGACACUAUAGGACACACUCCGGCCAUGGCGGCAGAUGAUUGGUGGAAAGGAGAAAACAAACAGGUUGAGAGAGUCAGUCUUCACCCAAACAAGAGGCCAAAGCCCAACACGGCAUCAGCUAAAGAGAUGUCGCCAAAGGAUCUUCCCCGUGGCAAGAGCAAAGAGGAGGCCUCAACCUCCAGCAGUCCCUUGAGCACCCCCAGCAGUAGUGCCACCCCAUCGCGUUCUCCUUCCUCCACGAGUGGUCUGUCAUCGGGCUUCCUGCCGAGUCCUAGCCCGAUUCAGAGCUCCCGCGCCAUCCAGAAUAUGCUUGGUCCGAGUUCGAAGUUCCGUCACAUUCAGGGAAGCGUUCUGCACCGAGACUCCCACAUUACCAACCUGCGUGGACUUCACCUGACCACACCAGGAGAGUGUGAUGGAUUCUGUGCCAACAGGCAGCGUGUGGCAGUUCCACUCGCCAUCGCCGGAGGACAGAUCGCUGUAUUUGAGCUGUCCCAGCCAGGAAAGCUGCCAGACACAGCCCUGCCAACCGUCCAGAACUCAGUCAAUGUGGCCGACUUCUGCUGGGAUCCCUUUAACACAUACAAACUGGUUGUGGCUGGUGAUGAUGCCAAGAUCCGCGUGUGGCAUAUUCCUAAGGGAGGCCUGAAGGAAACCCUGACUGAGCCGGAGUGCAUUUUGCAGGGACACACUGAGAAGAUCUACUCCAUCAAGUUCCACCCUCAUGCAUCCAGCCUUCUGGCGUCCUCAUCAUAUGACCUUACAGUGCGACUGUGGAAUCUGGAGACCGGAGAAGAGAUCAAACGACUCAGUGGACAUCAGGAUCAGAUAUUUGGAAUGGCUUGGAGUCCAGAUGGGAAACUGUUGGCCACUGUGUGUAAGGAUGGAAAAGUGCGUCUGUACAACCCACGUGGAUCCACUCUGCCUGUCCAGGAGGGCCCAGGGCCUGAGGGACAGAGAGGGGCCCGUGUAGUGUGGGUUUGUGACGGCAAGUACCUGCUGGUAUCUGGAUUCGACUGUCGCAGUGAAAGGCAGCUGUACCUGUUCUCCACUGACUCCUUGGCCUCCGGUUGUGUGGCUACCGCGCCUGCUGACGUGUCUCCCUCCACCCUUAUCCCGUUCUAUGACCCCGACACCAGUGUCCUCAUACUUACUGGAAAGGGUGACACACGGGUUUAUAUAUAUGAGAUCGUUCCAGAAGCCCCCUACUUUAUGGAAUGUAGCAGUUUUCAUUCCUCUGAACCACACAAGGGAUUGUGCUUCCUGCCGAAGACUGAGUGUGAUGUUCGUGAUGUUGAGGUGGCCCGAGCCAUCAGACUCAGCAAGACCACCAUUGAACCCCUGGCCUUCAGAGUGCCUCGUGUCAGAAAAGAGUUUUUUCAGGAUGAUGUGUUCCCUGACACUGCAGUGUGGUGGGAGUCAUCUCUGACCGUGACUGACUGGCUCUCAGGAUCCAAUGGACAACACCGCAAAAUCAGCCUGCGGCCCAAAGACAUGAUGCCCGUUAGUGAAGCACCAAAAGAGGCUCCAGUGAGGAAAUAUCUGCCCUCCUCUGUCUAUCUGGAGGAGAAAACUGAUGAACAGAAGAAAGAGGAGUUGCUCAGUGCUAUGGUGGCCAAGCUGGGUAACAGAGAAGAUCCACUGCCACAGGAGUCUUAUGAGGGUGUGGAUGAAGACGAGUGGGACGACUAAUCACAAGCUUUGCCUUGCGGUCCAGUCAGGGUGUCAACAGUAGACAAAGAGCACAGGGUGCCAACAAACCUCUGAGCCACAAAAACACUCCUCUGAAAAACUCCCCAAUGCUCCUCAGCUUCCUCUCCAUACUGCUUAUUCACUCUCAUACACUCCAGUGCCUCUGUUUGUCUUCAAGAUAAUCUAGAUAAUCACACUAAAAAAAUUCACAUUUUGUUUUCCUGUAAGACUAUCCAAACAUCUUUAAAAUAAGAAACAUUUACUUGAGAAUUAGAAUUGUGUCUGAUAUUAAGACUAGUUUUCAGAAAACAUAUUGUGCCGUUUAUUUUUUCUAAGUCCAUUGACAAAUUCUUGCCUUAAGAAUAAAUUUAGGUUUAUGCUUAAAGCAAGAAAAAUAAUCUGCCGAUGGGGUAAAAAAAUCUUAAUUUAAGAUAUGUACUGAAUGCAAAGAAGUCUUUUUAUCUUACACAAUUUCUCUUUUCAUUAAUAUAUCUUGUUUUAAAGAUGUUCAGAUAUUUUUGUUGUUGUUGUUUUGCAUUCUGGUUUGUCAUCUCAUUUUAUUGGUUUAACUGGCAAAACAAAUAUAUGGUAUUACGGUUAAAUAUGACUCUUCACACAUUUAAAUGCAUUCAUAUGCAAAGACAUAAGUUCAUCUCAAAUGCAUGACGCACAUACAUUGGUCUAGACUUGAAUUGUUAUACAGUGUCAGACACAACUGUAAUUUUCGGUGUAGUUUUAAAUGGCGAGACUCAGUUUUGUAUUGUACGUGUUACUGACUAUUUGAAAACUGCAUAGUACAUGCCUUCCUCGUUCUUUAACACAAAAAAAAUCUUUGGCUGAUUUCAUAGUUGAAACGUGCACUCCAUACACAGAAAAAAAAUAAAUCAACUUUUUGCUAAUGGGGUUUGAAAAAUAAUUCAAGAUACUGUAUAUUCUCUGAAAACAGGUCUUAACAUCUUAAUUUAUUUCUCAAGUAAAUGUAUCUUGUUUUAAGGAUGUUUAGAUAUUUUUACUCGAAAAGGGGGUGGUGUUGGGGGGGGGGGGGUUGGGCAGGGAUACUUGAAAAUAAUCUUAAUAAUAAAAUAAUAUUUUUCAGCGUGCCAUUAUUUGAUUAUUAAAAUGUGGCUGAAUCGAUUCUUGUACUUUCAUGUUUAUAUUAUGGUAAUUUGUAGGUUUAAAUAUCUUCACUUAUGGGUGUGAGGGACUAUUCAAGUAAAUUUAAGAUGUUCUUUAAUAUGUUUGAAGCAGAUUUUCUCUGUACUUCUAUACAAAUAAUCAGGAAAAUGCUCAUUUUUUUUUUUUAAGCUGGAAAAUACUCCUUACAGUAUAUUUACCUCUUUUCAACUUCACCAACAGUAUUAACAGCAAUGAAUGCAAUUAUAUCUACUUCAUGAGAUUUUUUUCUCUUUUAAUCAGGUUUAUCAUUGGUACUGAAUAUCUGUGUUUACAUAUGGCAGGAAAGGACUUAUGCAUGUAAUGGCACUAAUAUCAUGUGAUGUCCUGUGAUUGACAUGUGAUCAUGUAUUCAUUCAUAGAUAGUGGAUAUUAAUAGAUAUGUUAAAGCAACCCCUACACAUGUAAUUGCAUUUGUUUUAAUACUUCGGAGGCAAUAAUUUUUUUCAUCUCUCUUUUGAUUGAAAUCUGUCUUGUGGGGGAUGUUACUUUGAAAUUAAACUUGAAAAAUGG